AUGACUUCUAGAGAUAUAAAUGAACAACAACAUGCUCUUCGAUUCUUGGAUGUGGAUGAAGAACCAGAAGGCAUGUUUCCACCUAUUCAAGACUUUGAAACUAUACCGCUUGUCUCUUUCAACGAAGCUGUUGUUCCACUACAAACCAUCAUACCCAAUAUCAAACAUAUGGUUCAAACAGUUAUAGCUAAUAGAAAUGAACCAGAAGAUGGUUUAACUAUAGAUGAGUCUAAUUCGAUUAGAUUGUAUUCAUUGGAAUGGCAAUCAAGAGAAAAAUCUUUAUGUCAUAUUCUUACCAAAGCUCUGCGUUCUGAAAACAGACAACAAUUGAAACCUUGGCUUCUUUUUCUACGGCUUAUUUUGACCGCUCUUGUUCAUCUUCCUUCAACUUCUCAGAUUGUCUAUCGAGGUAUCAAUAUAGAUUUAACUUCCAAAUAUCGUACUGGUACAACAAUAGUUUGGUGGGGACUUUCUUCGUGUAUGAAGAAAAGUAAUCGAUUGGAAAAAAGUCUUUUUCUUAAUAAAAUUGGUCAAAGAACUUUGUUCGUCAUCAAUUGUUAUUCUGGUAAAGAUAUACACCGGUAUUCCAUGUAUGAUGGUGAAGUAUUGCUUCUUCCUGCCUGUCAAUUCGAUGUAGUAAAUUCUGUCCACAAAGAGAAAGGUCUGCAUAUUAUUGAAUUGAAAGAAGUUCAACCAUUCUAUGACUUUUACAAAGCAGUUUCAUCGUCAACAACAUUUUCAUCAGUUGUUUCACCAUGUCAUAUUCAAUACGAAGCUAUUUCAACAGUUUCAUUAUGUAAAAAAACGCUUCCUGUUGCACUACCCAAACCUCGUCUUGAAGAACAUUUCGCCUACUUGUUUCGGCGUCACUCCAAAGUGGAUUUAAAAUCAAUGAAUUUAACUGAUUCAGACAUGGAUAUCGUAGUCAGUGAGAUCAUCAUCAAGAGACAAUGUUCGGAAGUGAUUUUAUCUCGGAACAAAAUCACAUCUAAUGGAAUCUUAGUACUUUCUCAUGCAUUACGAAAAAAUAAGGGAAGGGAAAUUAUUUUUUUAUUUAAUCUCCAAUCAGAAUUUGUUCGAAAACUAUUCUUCUGA